AGGUACUUGCGUAAAUAAGGAAAAUAGUCUGGAUCUUCCGACAUAUAAAAACCGUUCCCAAUUUUUUAUACAUAGAACUCAAAGAACAUUUUGUUUGUUACGUCUACUUUCCAAGGACUAACAAUCAGAAAUAUUGCAUACUAACCAUGUCUACGAUCGCUUUGCUUCCGAUUAUCGUUGCAGCUGCUGCUUUUAAGGCUUUAUUCUUCUUUUCCUAGUAAGGAAUUUAUAUAUUCAUAUUGUUUAGUCAUUCAACUGAUUUUGAAGUACAUCGCAAUUGGAUUGCGAUUACAUGCUCGCUUCCGAUAUCUAAGUGGUACUUUGAUGAGACUUCUGUAUGGACGCUAGACUAUCCUCCACUGUUUGCGUUUUUCGAAUGGUUCUUAUCAUUUAUAGCUAUCAAAAUUGAUCCAGAAAUCUGCACCAUCACCUCUCAUCCGUACAUAUCAAACGGACUUAUUAUUUUCCAACGACUUAGUGUUAUUAUUUCAGAACUUCUCAUGUUUGCAGCCCUUGUGAAAUUACUACAUUCAGUGAAACUGUCCGGUAGUGGAUUUUUAAAGAGAAGUUAUUAUCCACUGUGUUUUCUUUUUGCAUUCAAUUUCGGACUGAUUAUUGUUGACCAUAUACAUUUUCAGUACAAUGGGUUUUUGUUUGGGAUAUUAAUUCUAUCUAUGGCGUAUAUAAUUGAAGGAAAUUACAUCAUUGGAUCAUUCUUGUUUACUAUACUUUUAAAUUUUAAGCACAUAUUUAUGUAUGUAGCUCCAGCUUAUUUUGUUCAUAUUUUGAUGAACUAUUGUUUGGGAAAACGUGAACUUUCCAAUGUUGUUAAUCGAUUUAUAAAGGUUGGCAGUGUUGUUAUUUUAGUGAUGAUUUCAUCAUUUGGAUAUUUCAUUUACAUGGUUUGCAGUUCUAAAUGGUCUAAUGAUAAUGUAAAAAAUAUUAUAGAAUCAGUUAAAACAAGUGUUCAGUCGUCUUUUCCCAUUUAAUCGGGGUCUAUGUCAUGCGUACUGGGCUCCAAAUUUCUGGUCCUUAUACAAUUUGGUCGAUAAAAUAUUAAAUGUUCUUGACGAUCAUGUUCUUCAAGUAUGGCCUGAGAAAAUCUCUUCUACUGCAACCAUGACUGGUGGUUUAGUGGAAAAUGUGGAACAUGUUAUUUUGCCUACUAUAAGGCCUUCACAUACAGCUCUUCUGAGCUUACUGUUCAUGCUGCCCACUUUAUGUGUAUCAAUUAGAAAAAGUCGUUUCUUCAACUUUACAACUGCUGUAAUUUCUCGUGUCUUUUUGAAAUCUGUAAUUAUAACAGCUUGGUCGUGUUUUAUGUUCGGUUGGCAUGUUCACGAAAAAGCAGUUUUAAUGUUUUUAUUACCUUUAAACUUUUUCACAUUGACUUCUGGAGAACAUCGGUUUCUUACCUUUUAUGUGAGCACUUUGGGAUACUACAGCCUUAUACCAUUGAUCCCUACAAAUGCUGAAUUUCCAGCUGUCAUAUCGAUUUAUCUAGCACAUACAUGCAUUCAUUGGCUUAUCCUAUUUCGUAUUCUCCCCAUAAACGUGAACAGUAAUAAUGAAAAAAGUAAAUCUGGUCAAUCAAGAUCACAGCAUAUCAUAAAAAAAAUUGGUUGUCUGCAUUUAUGGGGUCUUACAUUAUUAUUUAUGUUCACAAAAAUAAUCCUACCGUUAACUUAUUUAGAACGUUUACCUUACCUACCAUUAAUGCUUACUUCAGUCUACACAGCAAUUGGAUUAUUCUGUUCUUUUAUAAUAUUUCUGUGGUCAACAACAGACUUUUACUGUUUACCAACUAUGCUGACAGAAUCACUAGAAAAGGUAAAUAAGACUAAAAAGAAAAACCAAUGACGACAGUGAUUCCAGCUGAUAUAAUGGGAAAAGGGUAUUUUGUACUAAUCUGUUUAUGUUUUUAAUUUUGUAUUCAAAAAUGAUUUGUAUGA